CUCUGAGCCCAAGAGUGAUUACCAGAGGUGUCUCCAUCGACUGCCACCCACCUAAAGUCGAUAGUACUCAAAUGAGUACGCCGGUGUGGACUAUAUAAGAGAAGCGCAUGGCCCUGAAGGGCGCAUCCCCCAUCUCCGGGCGCAGCACCGAGCGCCCCACUCCGCGCCCGGCGGAGCCUCCGCGGGGACACGGGCUCUGCGACGGCGGCACAGCACCUCGCUCCGCAGCCCGCACGCACCCAGCCGGACUCGCCUCUGCCUGAAGCGCCGCAGAGAUGCGAGGGGCGAAGAAGCGCCAGGCGCUGCCCGCCAUCGUGCUCCUGCUGCUGGCCUCGGCCCCGCCGCCGCCGGGCGCCGAGGGCAGGGACGUGCCCGCCGCCGGAGCCGAGCGGGGGGCGCUCCUCGACAUCCUCCUGCAAGCCCUGGGCGACGACGGCCGCCCGCUGCCGCCCCGCCCGCCGCGCAGGGACCGGGUGAUCUCCCGGCGCUACAGCGGCGGCGGUGCCCCUCCGACAGAGCCCCGCGCCGCCGCCGCCGCCCCGCCGCCCCCCCGGCUCUUCGCCGCCGCCCGGCACGGAGAAAUUUUUCCAAGAGAUUCCAGUCUAAAAGACAAGUUCAUAAAACAUUUUACAGGGCCAGUCACAUUUUCCUCAGAGUGUAGCAAGCACUUUCAUCGACUCUAUCACAACACAAGGGACUGCUCAACACCAACCUAUUACAAAAGGUGUGCAAGAUUGCUAACGAGAUUAGCAAUGAGCCCUUUGUGUACACAGUCCUAGGAUGUUUGCUAUACUUUCUACCAAGGAGAGAAUUCUGCUUUGCCAAGAAAGUGCCUUGAAAUCUUCAAAAAUGGAGACACAUCUUUUAUCUUUUUGAUUUACAAUGUUUUGUUACUAGAUGCAUUUUAUUUUCAUAUAUUUGUCCGACAUUCCAUAUUUGUGUGAAACAUUAUUUUAUUUUGUAAAUUUGUUGCCUAUAGUUCAGACAAGCCAAUUAUUUAAAUACAUUGUAUAUGAAGAAUACUAAUGAUAUACUGAUUAAAUGUUAUAACCGUAUGCAGGGAGUUGGUAAAAUUUUGCUGUUUCUCUUGUUCCGUUGUAUUUACAUCGUUCUGCUCAGGCUCUUACUCUCAUUAUUUGCACUAACUUGAAAUGCAGAAGUCUGUGUAACUGAAAUCUGAAUAAGCUGUAAGUGGGGAAGUUUUACUUGCCAUGGAAGAUAUUUUAUAUUAUGAAGCUUUGUUAAUAUAUACAUAAAUAUUAUUGUGCAUCAGAAAAAAAUUUGCUCAGAAAUGCACCUUGCUUUCAGGAACAUUUGUAUGACUAUUCUGGAUUUUCAUCAGUUACAUUUGUACCGGCACUUAUGGAAAGAGUUGCAAAUAAUGUAAAUAUAAAGACUGGAAAGCUGCAAUGCAGUUUUGGUGGAAUAAAGAAC